CGCCCAUUCCGUUACGUCCAUACAAAACGCACCCUAAAGAGAACACCGUUUGUCGACCACGUCUCGUCGUUUUAACGCAAUAUCAGUCUGCUGGCUUCGCAGAUAAGAACGCACCUCUCGUUCUCUCAGCUGAGCACAAUCCAUACUCACAUUGCACAGCGCAGAAACUAAAAAAGCUUCAUCAAAUCUCUGAAUUUGAAGAAGAAGCAGAAGAAGAUGUCGUGGCAAACAUUUGUGGAUGAGCAUCUUAUGUGCGAAAUCGAAGGCAAUCAUCUCUCUGCUGCCGCCAUCAUCGGCCAAGACGGCAGCGUUUGGGCCCAGAGCUCCAACUU